AUUCACGAAUCUGCGGUGAAUUACACCCUUCCCCAGCAUUCUUCUCUCAAAAGGCCACUCGCACCCAGCAUACCACCCUCUUGCAAACCAACCGAUCACAUCGAGGACAUCGCAACAGUCCAGCGUCAAGCGUCAUCCAUCCAUAUAUCCAUCCAUCAAACAAACAUGGCAGCAUCACGUGCAUGGGACGGAGCGCUGGGUGUGGUCUUGCGCUACGCUCCUCCCCCUCCUCCUCCUCCCACUUGCGCUACUUUGAGUAGAGGAGCAGUGCGCAUCUCAUCUUCAUCCUGCGCCAUUCCUACUCGCCGCUCCAUCAAUCGUGGUGCUGCGUGCGCAUCGAGAAGGAUGGGCUUCGAAGGUCAAAGAUGUCUGCACUGGUGCGCUGUUCGCAGAGCCGACGAUGAAGGUGGCCAGAGGUCGGCGGGCAGGGAUGUGAAGGGAGCAGAUGAGCGUGAUGAAGCGGGGCAAGAGCAAGCGCAGACACAGGCACAGACUCAGGCACAGGCACAGGCGCGUCUAGUGGAGGACGAUGCGCCAUUUAUCGACGACGAUGCUGGCGAAGGGGGAGCGUACACUGCUGCUCAGCUCUUUCCUCGCACGCCGCACCACGAACCGGCAGAAUUGCGUGAUCAUGGCUGGAAUGAUGGGUUGCGCCAUGGCGAUGCUCCUGCAGAGGAGCAGCGUUCCAGCGGUAGCGGCGAUCAUCUGCCUCUCAUCAAUCGAUUUGCAGACGAAGGCGAGGGAUUUGGCAACGAGAGGCAAAGACGCGCAGAGGCGCAGGGUAGAGGUGCACUCUUUUCUCCUUCCUCUUCUUCUGCUAGUCGGAGUCAGUCUCAAGCAGCGCAUAGAACGCCCUUGGCAGAUUGGGAGAGGCAGAGGUUCGCAGAACUGCUCAGACCGCUGCACAGUCGACUUUCCAAUCCCAACGAAUCCGCAUUCGGCUCUUCCGUUGCGCACGGCUGGGAAAGGUUUGCGCGCAGAAAUCGCUUGGGCGGAUACAGUGGCAGCGGCGGUGGGGGAAGAUUUGUGGAUGAAGAGGAUGGAGCAGGGACGAGCGUGGAGUUGGAUUGGGCCGGAAGAGGUUUGGGUGGCAGAGGAAGGAGAAGAGUACCGAUCCGAACCAUUGGGGCUCAGAUGGAAGGUACGACGCUAGAAGGUGUGGAUCCGGUUCAGCUUAGACAGGGAGUGGACGAUGCGCAAGCUGCCAUAGACGCUUGUUGCAGCGCAGUGGAGGUCUGGCAGUGGGCACAAACCAACGUGUUCGGCGUCCCGAAUCCUGCCCAUCCUCCAUCCAGCGGCGCACAGCAAGCAUCCUCAUCCGACGCGUCGCCGGCUUUGACUCGCGCCAAAGAUGCAGAGGCGGCGGCGGCGGAGAAUGCGCAAGAGACGGCACGUCCAGACGAUCUCUUUGCCACCACGCCGUCCGAUUCGAAUUCGCCCGCAUCUUUGCCCACGCCGCUCUACGGUCUCUCCACACCCUUUUACGGACCCGUGUUGGUUCGCUUAGUGACGACGCUGCGAGAACGUUACCACGCGCCCGGAAUCGCCCUGGCCGUACUGAGCGCCAUGAGGUUAUCAGGACCCGCUUCGAUCGCGCUGGGAAGCACGCCAGAGCUGUACGCCGAAGCGCUGAGCACGCGUUGGGAUGUGCUGGGCGAUCUAGCAGGAGCUUACGACGUCGUUCUCAGCGCUCGUAAUGUGGGUGUGCUUUCGCGCUCUGCUACUGCCGCCGCCGCCGCCGGUACUUCGCAACAACAGUAUAGGAGGCCCUCUUCACCACCGCUGGUAGUGGGACAAGAUCAGGAAAAGAGGUUACGAGGCAUGAUCGAGAGGAUCACGGACGAAGCUAGAAAGUUGGCCGUUCGAUACGUCCCUGCGCCCGCGAACGGCGUCCGCGUCGGCGUCGGGGCUUACAGCAAGUCGAGCACGCUCUAUGAAAAGUCUUCCGCUCCCAUCGAACCUAGGGACAAAGCUGGGGCGGAAGAGUUGAGGAUGUGCGAGGCUAUGGAUAGGCUGGCGGGCAGACAACAGAUCAAGCGCGUCUCUCAGGCUGCAGAGGCGUCCGCCUACAGAAGGCAAGGCGGCCAAUCGAUACGCAGACCCGCUACAGGACCUAGAAUGCUCUUUCCCAAGGCCAACAAGUACAGAUCGUCGUCGGAGCUGUACUGAUUGCGAUUCACACGCUAGGAAUUUUACACGGCAUGGACUUCUAACUAUCUGCCCUCAUAGUUGCGCUGAUCUGACUGCGGGCGCAUCGACGGCAGACAAGAGGGGAAGGGGCUGCGUGCGUAUACGAAAUUGAUGAAGCGCAAAAUAGGCAAGAAGAGAAAAGGCGACGAGUGCGUCAGGACAGACUGAUGCUCAAAAGGUCCUGCGAUUCAGGAUCGUGUGUUGAGCAAGGCAUCAGCCCAGUCGUCGCUCUGUGUACUUGACCUUGUCGCACCCGUCCUCCACCUCGUCGCGACGUUCGCGCGCGCACACACUCACCUUGCCACUCUUGACAUCCGAAAAGGACGGCAUCUUUCCGAUCUUCAGCAGCUCGGCAGAUUGCACCAUGACUGGAUCCCUCCCCAUCGUAGCGAUCGCCACGACAGAAUCAC